AUGCAUGCUGUAACAAACUUAACAAAAACAAAUAGACACAAAUUCGAAUGGGGUGCUUCUCAAUCUCAAGCAUUUUCACAAUUGAAACAAUUAUUAAUUACUUCUCUAUUAUUUCUUGAUUUUUCUGAUGAUAGUUAUCCUGUUAUAUUACCAACAGAUGUAUCAAAAAUUGGUAUUAGCGGUAUAUUACAACAAAAUAUUAAUGGUGAAAUAAAAAAUUUAUAUUAUCAUUCUCAAGUUACAUCUACUCAACGACGAUAUGAUCCUAUUGAAUUAAAAGCAUUAGCCAUAUGGUUAUGUUUUCAACGAAUGCGAUCUUAUCUACUUCAAUAUAAUACCGAAAAAAUUAUUCAUAUUAGAGAUCAACAUAAUUGUUUAGCUGAUUAUUUAUCUCGUCAUCCAAUACAAAAUGAUGAAGAAAUAUUUGAUGAGGACUAUGGCAUAAGCAUGUUAUUUCAGGAGGAACCACUGGAGACGGUGCAUGCUCCUGUCAAUCAUCCUCCAGUUAUUGAUGCUGUUGUUACACGUUCAAAAAUGAAACAAAUAAAACAACAGCAAAAUGAAAAUGACAAAAUUACACCACCCACUGUAAAUGAUAUAUCAUCGUCAUCAAGUAAAGGCAAAAUUGAACAUUCAAAUAAAUCUCCAUCACACUUAAUUACGUCUAACAAUUUUGAUAUAACUCAAAUUAAACUUGAACAGUCAGAAGAUUCAAAUAUUCAGAAGAAGAUUAAAGAAGUUAUGCAAGAUCCAACAAAACAUUCUUAUGUUGUUACAGAUGGUUUAUUAUAUAAAUUGAUAUUAAUGAAUGUUGCUAGUAAUAAUAAGAAGAAAUGGUCAUUUUGGCAUUCAGCGAACAUAUUUAAAAAAUUAAAAAAUAAAUUCUGGUGGCCAAAUAUGAAACAAUCAAUUAUUCAACAUAUUCAAUCUUGUUUAUCUUGUCAACAACAUAAUAUUAGUCAUACAAAGAAACCAGGUCAAUUUAAUCCAAUUCCAACUCCAGAAGGACCAUUUCAAUUAAUAGGUAUUGAUUAUUGUGAUCCGUUCAAACCAACAUCUCGUGGUAAUCAAUAUGUAUUAUGUAUUACUGAUUAUUUUACAAAAUGGAUGACUGCAAUAGCUUUACCUGAUUGUUCAGCACAAACCACGGCUCAAACAUUAUUUAAUAAUUAUAUUUGUCAAUAUGGUGUACCAUUAGCUAUAUUAUCUGAUCAAGUCAUAAUAAUAUUAGAUAAAUUUGUUUCAUAUCAUUUACGUGAUGUUAACAAUCCUCCAGCUCAUCUUGAUGACAAUCAAAAAUCGAAUUGGAUACGUGCUGAAAUUUAUCCAGCUAUUGUUUAUCAAUGGUUUGAAUGGCAAACUAAAACAUCAGCGGUUAAUCUUCAACUUAAAUUUGCUGAUUGGUAUAGUUGGGCACUAUCUCAUUACAAGAUGUGUAGCCUGUCAAAUCGUCGUAAUAUUAUUAUUAAUGAUAUUAAUUCUGAUGGACAAAUGAAUUUAUUAUCAAAAUGUACCUGUCAUAAACCAAGUCCUUAUCGUCCUAAUGAACCAUGA